CGUCUAGGGUUUCAACCCCACCACAGAUCCUCGACCCCCUCCAAUCCCUUAAUCCCUUCGCUAUCCCGCAGCGAAACCCUGUUGAGUGCCCUUCCAUCGUUUCGAAUUGCUCAAAUCUGCGCUUACAUACAUGACGCAUGCCAACAAUGUGACAUCUCUGUGCCGCAUGGAAACAACGUGAGAGCGAGGAGCCGCGGAUGCUUCAGGGAUGAGGGUUGGCAAGAAGAUGAUGGGGCAUUGAACAGCAUAUCAUAAUUGUAUCCUGUGUAGACUUGCGCGUAAUCGAAUUGUAAGGUAGGAGCGGAUCUAAAUGAUUUAUAGGACGGAAGACUUCUAUAACCUGGAAUAUGGUAGUACUGAACUUUAGUCGGAGACUAUAUUACUCUUGCACUGUCAAAAGAACAUCGUACUCAGAUUUGGUAACCUCCCGACGAGCUUCACCGGGCUUGUUAUCAGAGUCAACCCACUAGCUACCUCGAGAUAAGAAAUUCUCCAGUGUCACCGAUCAAUCUCAGCAAGAAGGAUGACACAGGAGCGACUGUAGGAAUCUCUUUCGUCAGAGCAAAGUAUCACGAAUAUCCGAAAUAAGUAGCAAAAAACAGCACUUUCACCUUUGAAGAGGAACACCUGAAGCAUAACUGCGGUUGUCCGAACCAACCAACGAGUACAAGCUUUUAUUCACUUGUAACACGUUCUGGAAGACCAUGUCUUUCACCAUCGACAACAAGUCCAAUUUGGAAGGACACUUAUCAGAUAACGUCGUCCUGGGCAAGCAUGUGAUAGACAGAAGAACGAGGAAAGGCGAUCCUGGAUACUAGUUUUUUCUGUUUUAUACUUUCUUGUGUUUUUUUCGGCUUCUAUCUCACCAUCUUCUAUUUCAUGCAGUUGGUCACCGAGGCCGGGCGAAUCCUUUGUUGUUUUUUUUCAUCUUACUUCUGAUACCGAUGUUGAGUAGAUAUUGUAAGCCCUGUGGGCGUGUGUGUGUAGUGCUGAAUACAGUAAGGUACACCAUUGUUUGUUAGUUGGUUCAUUAUUGGGUCACCUCGGAUUUGCUUGAACUAGUUUCUUGCAUUCAUUGUUGAAUAUUGAAUUUUGAGGUGGAAAUCCUCGUGUCGGAGCCUCUCCAUCUUCGCUUUCGGGCGACCCCAGAAUCAGUCAAAUUGGAGUUAGAACGAAACUCUUUGGAACUAAAUUCAAGUGGUCAUCUGCCCCUUCGCAUCUUAGAUUACCCAACCAACCAAUUGAAAAAUCAAUGAUCAAUUGUGAAAUAUUGGAUUGCUACAAAUACUGGUGUUGUUAAACUUCAUCAACAAGCGAAGGAUUGUUCCAGCAGUUGGUGUCGUAGUCUAAGGUGAGAAAGCGCAUUACUUUCCCUUUUUUGCAUAAAUUCCGUUAUCCCGAUUGGUUUUACCAGUUACUAUACAUCACAGAAUCUGGUUUAUUUUUAGAACUAGUUCAGUCAAGAAUCUAGUCGUGAUACAUUUCACAUUUGACUAAAUUAUUAUAAAAAAUCUUCAUUUAUACUUAAUUUGGAUGUUUGUUUUUGGUACACCUUUGAUCUAAAUGAUUUAAAAGAUGGAAGAGUUCUUCAAGUUGGAGUAUGGUGAGAACAUCUUCAAACUUGUUUGUUUACUAAGAUUUUGAGUCUGUUGAUCCAUUUGUUGCAUAGGGUAGACUUUUCAUUGAUUGAUUACUUCAUUUGUGUUAUUUGUAUAAUGAUUGAUUUAGGAAACAUAAAAUAUUGGAAAAAAAAAGCUUAUAAACUUAAUAAGAGGAUUAGAUAUCAUUUUAAAUAGAGUAGUGUUAUGGCAUAUCAUAUUUAUAGUAAAAUAUCAAGAAUUAUUGUUAUUAGAUAAUUAUUGAAAGAUGGAUGGCAUAUUGAGAAAAUGAUCUAGUUUAAUUAUUACCAAAGAUAUGAUUCAAUUUUGUUUGUAUGAAUCAUGUGUAAUAAUUUAUAUAUUAAUCAAUUUUGUUCACAUAUAUGUUGUCUUUAUGUGAAAGUUUUGUAGCAAUUGAAGAACAUUUCAAGAAUCUAUGGUUGCAUGAUGAGGAAGUAAAUUCAAGGAUCAAUUGUUAGUUUUAUUUUGAGGUGAAUUAUAUAUAUUUUCUAAAUAUUUGCAAUGGCCUAUCUUGUUAAGAUGUUUAUGAAGCAUGUCUUAGAAAUGUGGAGGUUUUUAUUUGGUUGUUGUACAUUGGGAUUGUCACUUGCCAUGGAAUUUCGUAACAAAUUUUUAAAGGAUAUUGGAGUUGUACUCAAAGCAAGAGAAGUUGAUAUUGAAGAUGAACUUACUCAAUGCUAUAAUUACAAUCAAGAAAUAGAGGUGUUAUUGAAGACUAAAGUUAUAUUGAAUAAAAAACAAUGUGUAAAUAUUUGCCAACCACUUGGCCGUGUUAUCAAAGUAUUUGAAGUCUUGAGAGCUUGUAGCAAUGGAAGAAGUGAGUAUGAAGUUCUAUUUUGUGAAUUCCAAUAUACAAUAUUGAAGAUAUACAAGUUGAUAAAAGCUUGUGCACAAGAACAAUGGUAUGAAGUAAGUAUCUUUCAAAUGGAAAACAAAGAAAUGUUUAGAGAGUUAUUAUGGGACUUAAAGACUUGUCAUGAUGUGGGAAUUGAUCAAUUAUCAAAGAAGUGUCCAAAAAUGAUGGAGGUGAUUACACCCAUAUUGUUUGAUGUUUCAACUUAUGAAGAAGUUAAACGUGAUAGUGAAGAACUUUUCAAAAGAUUGGACCAUAAAAGUAAAGAUACUCAAUUUAAAGAUCAUGACUUGGUAAACUAUCUAUCAACAAGAUUGACAAACUUGUGGUAUGUAGAAGAUGGAGAAAUGGAUUUUUUGGAAGUAUCAAGUGAUAUCAAAAGUUUAGAGCUUGGAAGAAUUAUAAAUGAGGGUGCAUUUGGAAAAGUUUAUGAAUCAAAGUGGUUUGGACUUGCAAUUGCAACAAAAAUAAUGGAUGCUAGUUGGAAUGAUAUGUUCAUAAAAGAAAUAGGUAUCUUGGCUAUUACAAGCCAUCCAAACUUGAUCAAAUAUUAUUAUGCUGCCAAAAGUGAUGCAAAUAGGAAUGGAGAGUCUCCAACAUUGAAUUACUCAAGGGAGAAAGUAUACUUGGUGAUGGAAUUGAUGCAAACAAGUUUGAGCAACAUAUUGGAGGCAAAAAGAGCAAUGCCAUACUACUUUCUUAUUGAUGUUAUUUAUCAAAUUGCAAGAGGAAUGUGUUAUUUACAUGACAUGUAAAUUGCACAUCGAGAUUUAAAGCCGGAUAAUGUGCUACUUAAUAUUUUAAAUGAUAGUAAAUCUAAUAAUGGUUUUCAUCAUCCUGUUGUGAAGUUGAUUGAUUUUGGUUGUUCAAAGAUCAAUGUAGGUAGGAAUCCAAAAGUUAAAGAAAAUACAUACAUAUAUGGAACUUUAAGAUACACAGCUCCAGAGAUAUUGAAAAGUACAAUGAAAUCAAUAAAGAUGUGUGCUUUUGAAGCGGAUGUGUAUUCUUUUGGAAUGACAUGUUCUAAGAUUCUUUCAGGUGAAGAUCCAUUUAAUGGUAUGUACUCUAAAGAAGAAUUAUUGAAAAAGUUUGAAAGCGGUGAAAGACCAAAGUUGCCUUUAAAUUGUAAUGAUUUGAGUAAAUUGAUUGAAGAAUGUUGGACUUUGAAUCCUUCUAAAAGACCUAGUUUUGGAGACAUUUGCAAGAGACUCACAACUUUGAAGAAAAAAUACUUGGUGGGAAUUGAUGUAGCCAAAACACCUCAUUUUGGAGCAAUUAAGAAAGAAGAUCAUGAAAGGAGUAAAUCAAAAGAUGUUGAUGUUGAUGAUACAUUGGUAAACUUUAUAUUUGAGAUUUGGUGUAAUAUAAACAUUGCAUUGGUUUAUUUGAUUUCAAGAUCUACAUAGUCAAAUAUGUGUAAUUUAAUGAAGUUGGUUUGUCAAAAUAUGAAUAUGUGGUUAGAUUUUUUUUUUUUAGAGAUUGGCAUAAAUUGUAUAUUAUUUUAACAUCAUGAUUUGAUUAUUUGAAUAGAGACAUGUUUGUAAAGACAAUAUAAUGGGUGUAGAACGACGUUUGUCAAACAUGAAACAAUUAUGCAAGAAUGGAAUAAAUAUAUUGUGUUUUGUUGGUAUGGGUGGAAUUGGAAAGACUACAUUAGCAAAGAUUAUAUUUGAUACCAUGCAACACAUGUACAAUGUCUCAUGCUUUGUUGAAAGUAUUCAAAAGAAUGAUAAUGGUCUUUCAAUAAUUUGCAAAGUUUUGAACUAACUAAACUUUGAAGCAAAACUAAAGAAUUUAGAAGAAGCACAAGCUAUGAUGAAACAAGUAUUGAUGAGCAAAAAAUUUAUGUUGGUCUUAGAUGAUGUGAAGGACAAGAAUCAAAUCAAUGAUGUAGUACUUUCGGAUGUUCUACAUUUUAACAAAGGUAGCAUAUUAAUUGUGACAACUCGAAAUUGGGAGGUAGUAAAAAGCUAUCCUACAAAGAUUCAUAAAUUUGAUAUUGAAGAACUUGACAAAGAUGCAAGUUUGAAGUUAUUUACAGCUUAUUCUUGUAGGGAUGGUGAUGAAUUGCCAAAAGAACUUAUUGAGAUUGGCAAAGAGAUUGUAAGAUCUUGUAAUGGAUUACCCUUGAGUUUAAAAGUUUUGGGGUCAUUUUUAGGAGGACAAAAGAGAUUGAGAUGUUGGGAAAGAGCUUUGCAAAAGUUAAGAAGAGGAAGACCUUUGGAUGGAGAUGAAAUAGAUAGUGAAUAUAAGCUAUGGACUAUUUUGAAGAUAAGUUUUGAUGCCUUAAAAGUUGAAGAAAAAAAUAUGUUUUUAGAUAUAUGUUGCUUCUUUUGUAAUAAUGUGAAAUAGGGUGGUACAAUGAAAGGCACUAUAAUACAAAUAUGGACCAAUAA